ACAAUUCAAAGUUGAAUAUGAAGUCACUUCUAAAAAAGGUGCAUUAUCAUUUGUAAAUGAGUAAAAAUUUUCUAUGAGUCAUGAUAAAUGUCGUAAUGGUGAUAUUUUCCAGUCCUGCAGAUGUCACCACUGGAAUUAUCAUGAAAAAUCGAAUCUUAAAAGCUCCAUUGGAAGAAAAAAAAAGUCUUGCCGCCGUUUCAAUGUUUUGCCACUUGUGAAUCCAUAAAAUACGUGAAUAAAAAUCCAUAAGAAUAAAAUUAUUCAUGAACAACCGUUGGAAAUCCACCACAAGAUCUUAGUUCCUCACGCCAUCCACCAGAGUGUGAAUCCAAAAGCUACACCACAAAAUGGCCAAAUUCAUUUUAGGAACACAAAUAUCCCGAAGUUAGCCAACAAUCCCUUUCAAUUAUCCCCGUGUAUUUUACCGGCUCAUACGGUGUACUAUAAUUCCAGUGUGCAGGGUUUCGCUGUGUGCUGAUACCACGAGUGCUCCUCCGGUUGACUUUUUUUUUUUUGUGUAACAGAGACAGAAUAAAGAGAAACAAGUCAUAACUAUUCUACAUCCCCCUCUCUCAAUAACCAAGUACCAAACUCUGAAAUAGAGGAUAGAGUUAAUGUUUGUACAUUAAUUUUUGUAUUUAAUAAAUUUUUACGAUAAUAUACGUUUUAAUCGUUGGGAGAUUGUACAUUUUUUGCCUACGAUUGAGCUGUUGGGGGUUAGUGGUGGCAGACUGGACGUUUGUUGUUUGAUCCAUUUUUCCAAGGGAGAAUAUUUCGAGCACUCGUUUUUUUUUUUCGGGAGUCCCGGCUCGAAUCUAACCGACAUUCCGGCGCUGGACAGCUCUGACACACGAGGAAGAGAGUUUACGAGAGGAAAUACGCCAGAGGAAACCUGCCUCCUGAGACUCGAGGACAUUACAAGAAAAGAUAAGAGCUUGAGAUUUGAGGAAAUUGGCAACGAUAUUAUUCGUGUGGAAGUUGUAACAUCAAGGUGAUAUAAAGGAAAUGGUCAUGGAGGCAACCCCCUCGGCUCAGUCUGUCGGUCGUGAGUUUGUCCGGCAAUAUUACACGUUGCUCAACCAAGCACCAAUUCAUUUACACAGAUUCUACAGCAACAACUCAUCGUUUCUCCAUGGAGGACUGAGUAUAACUGAUCGCGAGAUUAUCCCAGCAAUUGGACAGAAAGAGAUUCAUCAGAAGAUUCAGCAGCUCAAUUUCUGCGAUUGCCAUGCCAAAAUUACUCAGGUCGACUCUCAGGCUACUCUCGGUGAUGGUGUUGUUGUUCAGGUGUCAGGAGAGCUCUCAAAUGCAGGUCAACCAAUGCGUCGUUUCACCCAGACCUUUGUAUUGGCAGCGCAGGCUCCCAAAACAUACUACGUCCACAACGACAUUUUCCGUUACCAGGAUCUAGGCUUUCCCGACGAGGAGGAGGGUGAGCUGGAGAGUGAGACGGGUCUGGGUGAGGGUGGCGAGCGUGACGGUGGUGAGGGUCGCUCAGAGGCCGAAGAAGACGACAGCCAUCAUCCCUCGACAGUGCAGACUGUUGGAGACCAGCAGCAGCAGCAGCAGCAGCAGCAACAACAACAGCAGCAGCAGCAACAGCAGCAGCAGGCUCACACCAACCUCAUUCCAGCUCAACAGCCAGGCAUCGCUCCGCCCCAGCAACAGAUCUACUACCCUCCACCCCCUCAGCCUCAGGUUCAUCCAGGCAUCCAACCAGUUAUCAACGGAAGUGUCCACGAGGAGGCGCCUCUGAUCAGUCAGCCAGCACUGGCCCCACCUCAGCAGCCCCCAACUCAACACCAGUACAUAACAGAGACAGCACAGGAGCAAUUCACCACUCAGGAUCAGGAGAGCACGACGACAGAGCCACCACAACAGGUGCCACAAUCUCUUGUUGACGAGGACAUUCGCACUGAGGAGACCAAUGAACAGCAGGAGAGCGAGACUUUCCAGAGUUCAUCGGUUGAACCUGAAGUUGAUCACAAUGCUGCUGGCAAUGCCAAUAGCCAGAGAUCCUACGCACGUACGCUCCGAUCCAAUGUCAUGCCUGGCCACAGUCCACAGGUAUCGAAAUUGUCCAUGUCACCUCCACCCAUGUCCAUGCCCAUUGAUGAUCGGGCCAUGGGGGUGAAGACAGCGAGUUCUUCGACAGUUUCCUCAGGUAUCAUGUCUUCCGGUCCAGGCCAAAUUCAUCGAAUGGCCAAUCAGACACAGCAACAGCCACUGCCACUGCCCCAACAACAGCGCCCACCUCGUGUAGGUCCCCCCCAGAAAGACAAUCGUGGACGUAGAGAGUGGCCCGAUCACCACCAACUAUUCGUUGGUAAUGUACCACACCAAGCAACAGAGAACGAACUCAGGAAAAUCUUUGAGAGAUACGGCAAAGUUGUCGAUCUUCAUAUCCACUGCAAGACUAAUGACAGGGGUAAAGGGGGGCCACAGGGACAGAACAACUCCGGAAGAGUACCAAAUUAUGGAUUUGUCACGUUCGAGGAUGCCAAUGUUGUGCAGAAGGUUCUCGAUGCACUUCCUAUUCUCUAUCCAGAUGACAGUGGUCUAAAGCUCAAUAUUGAGGAGAAGAAAAAUAAACCGAGGGGUCCUGGGGAUAACAUGAGGUCGAACCAGGGUGAUGGGAAUAUGAGGUCAUCUAUGGGUGGACAACAGCAGCAGUCACAGCAGCGUGGCCCAGGUGGACCAGGUGGCCCAAUGAGAGGCUCUCAGCAUGGUUCAAGAGGUGGUCGUGGUGGAUUCCAGCGUGGUGAUGGUGGUCGAGGUGGAAUGAGGCAACAGAACAACAUGGGUAGUGCAGCUUAUCAAAAUCGUCGUUAAAAUCGACCUCGCACUCUCUCUCUUUUUUUUUUUUUCCACUUUGGAAAAUACGACGCCAAUUACUACCCCUUCCAGACACAAACAAAACAACAAAACAAAAGAAGAGUAUAAAGUUAAUGCCGUUGGACGGAUUAAUAGAGGAUAAUAGACGGCAGAGACAAAAACACUAUUAAUCUAAUGAUGAUAGAAAACAAAAUACAAAGCAAACUCAAUCGUUGACGAAUGUGUAAUCGAAUUAAGUUUCCUCUUCUGUUUCUUUGGAGAGAGAAUGGUACGUUCUCACUCCAAAAUUGUACCUCGGGGCUUCGGAAUAUCUCCUACAGCUCAAUUAAUCGAUUAUCAUGCAGUUAUUUGUUGCAAAGCGACUAAAAUAAACUCUUGAAUUUAUAGAAAAAAAAAAAACAAAACAAAUUAUUUACACUUCAUCAAUCAAUUGCUUCUACCUUCUGAGGCCCCGUGCAUCGAUCGCCACUUUCAUUAUUAUAUUUUAUUUUCACUGUUCCCUCGAACGCCGUCCGACCCUGACGGUCAACAUCAACAUCAUGUGGAUGCAACGUACUAUUUUAUUUGUUUUUGUGGGAAUUGAAAUGGAAAAUUUCAGAUUGAGUCCCCUGAAUAUUAUAAAAUGUGAUUUUCAAAGGCUUUGAUGAAUAACGAGAUGGAUUGAAAAACAUUUUCAACAUUCCCCAUUCAGAUCACGUGCCAAUGACACUCACUCUGUCAAUACCUUCAUUUUACUUUCCACUCAAACAACAACCAAUCAGUGGUGAAGUGAUGAAACGUUGAAUUGUUUUGAGAAAAAUUAUCAAUUCGACAAUAAUUUUACCACUUCACAACUGCAAUGAUUGACAUAUUAUUUUGCUUUGUCACAAAUGAAAAAGCAAAAAGUGUUCUUCAUGUAAAAAAGAUAAAUAAAUAAGCCACAAAACGAUGUCAAGCCAUAAUAAAAAAAAAAA